GGUCGCUGUGUGCGCGCGUGUGUAACCUCCCUUACGAUUUGUGAUAGUGUCGUAUAUGUUACCUAUAUGAUAAUGUGAAAAUUGUCAUGUGCAGUGAUUCUGUGGUGUCCCGGGUUCGAGGGUUACGUAACAGGAGACAUAAUCGGCGCCCGCGCACGGCCAGCAAAUGCGCCGCGAGUUUGUGUGUGUGUAGUGUGAGUGUGGCGGGGCGCGGGGCAUGCGGAGCGGGGGGCGGGGCUAGCGCGAUGAAGGCGCGCGCUUGCGCACACCUCGCGCUGCUUGUACUGGCCAAUAUCACUCCACCAGGCGCGUGCGACGUAGCCGGCGGCGCGGGGUCAGUGAACUCUCUGCCAGCCAGUAUCAGCGGAUCACGCCUAGUGCCAUCUUUUGACGUCAACACCCCUAAAAAUGUCACAGCCUUAGUCGGCAAAUCCGCCUACCUCAGCUGCCGAGUGCGCAACCUCGGGAAUAGAACGGUGUCAUGGAUCCGCCACCGGGACCUGCACAUCCUGACGGUGGGCAGCUACACGUACACGUCCGACCAGCGCUUCCAGGCGACGCACUCCCCCGCCGCGGACGACUGGACGCUGCACAUCAAGUGGGCGCAGCAGCGCGACGCGGGCGUCUACGAGUGCCAGGUGUCCACGCAGCCCGUGCGCUCCUUCUUCGUCUCCCUCAACGUUGUUGUCCCAUCGGCGCGGAUCCUGGGCGGGCCGGACCUGCACGUGGACAUCGGCUCCACCAUCAACCUCACCUGCCUCAUCCAGUUCAGCCCCGAGCCGCCCGCCUACAUCUUCUGGUACCAUGAGGACGAGGUGAUAUCGUACGACUCGUCGCGCGGCGGCGUGUCCGUGGUGACGGAGAAGGGCGCGGCCACCACGUCGUACCUGCUGGUGCAGGACGCGGCGCCCGCCGACUCCGGCCGCUACUCCUGCUCGCCCUCCAACGCCGAGGUGGCCUCGGUUCGAGUGCACGUGCUUAAUGGCGAGCGGCCGGCGGCAAUGCAGACGGGCUCGGCCGGGCUGUCCAACAGCUCGCACUGCAUCAUGGCGCUGCUGUGCGCGUGCGUGCUGCACGGCCGGCUGCUGCGCGCGCAGCUCGCCAGCUGAUCGCGCGCGCGCACCGCGUGCAGCACGCCCACGCCGACCCGCCCGAGCGCGGCCACGAUGACUGUUAGCCGCUAAUUAUACUCUAGUGAACGAUUGCUGUUAUGGUAAAUUAUAAGUACGUUCGAUGGUUAGACACAACCUUAUCUCUGUGGACACUUCUUCCAUUAUAUCAUUUAAAUAAAAGUUAAUCGUUUAUCAAUGUUUCCGAAACUGAUAAUUAUUUUAAUAGUGUCAUGUUUAUUACAAAAAAACAUUAAUUGGAUUGACUACUUGUUUGGAAUGCGGCUAGUCGAAUUAGCAGCUAAAUCAAGUCGCGCGAUGUCUUAGGGCAAAUACUGUAUAUAUAUGUUACAGAGUUUCUCGUCAAAAUAAUUCUAAGUGAAAACGUAGUUUUCUGAUAAUUAAGAGAUUAAUGAAGAUUAGAGAAUAUCGUAAGAUUUUUAUGAACGAAUAAAAUGUAGCGUCAAAUCACUGUGAUUACUGCUGGCCACGCCCGGUCGGUGAACUGCGCCCGCAGCAGAGCCGGCGGAGCGUAUUAUGGUAUUUACUUUUGUACUAUAAAUCAUUUAAACUAAUUGAAAAAAUAAAUUUUAUUUACAUUAUGUACCUGUAUCAAAGACAAAAAUAUAAUAAUAGCACAAAUAAUGUCGUUAAAAUUGUAAAGCUGCGUGUACCAUACCUCUGCCUGAAUUUGUACUUAAUUAAGUCACAGAUAUUUCUUACAAUCUCGCAAAGUUACCAAAUCCCGCACGCCGCCGGGCUCCUCCCCACCACCACCUUUAUUUACUAUUGUAAAUACAUUUCACCUGUAGGUCAUUUCCAUCGGAAAUCACAUUUUUGAUCACAUUACAAUUUUGUUGUUGUUCUUAAUUGAGAAUGUAUAUAAAUAGAUAUAAUGAAUGUUUUAACAAAGAUGUUUAUAGCUCUAUUUACAUAUGUGUAAGGAACAAUAUUGUGGUUAGGAAUAUGGUGCCCGCAAAAGUACUCGUAAUAUCCAAUCUGGGAUAAAAAUGUAAACUGUGCAAGUCGAGAGAACGUGUGUACAAGCUCACGUGAAAAAAAAUUGAAAUUAUAUAUUCUACGUAAUUUUUAAUAGAGACAUUGUAAGUGAUUUGAUAUUGUCCUAGCGGAAUGUCGAAAUGACCAAUUUCAUCCUAAACAGAUCAAUGUUAAUUUGCCAAAACAAAAAACCUCGUACUGGGUACUAAUUUUAGUCAAAUAUUUUAACAUGCAAUUUUAUUAAUGUCAUGAUUAAUAAUAUCUUUAUACAUAAUAAUGUAUCUACAUAUUAUAAUGGGUGUACCUUAUAAUGUAUAAAGAUAUGCUAAGUAAUAUAAAUUAUUUAUGUUCUAAAUUUAUUGAGUAACUAAAAAUUAUCUCGUUUUUUUAUUUAUAUAUUUUUCUAUUUAAUAGUAUAACAACAAUAAUUUAAUUGUCUUAAACUGGCAAGUGGGUUUUGAACGUUCCGCCAUGCAAUUUUUUUUAUCAAAACGUAUCUCUACUUUAAUUAAAUAAAUUAAUACACCAUUGGUCGGAAAGCGCCGUUCAUUUAAUAAAUAAAUUUAUGAAAGUAGGGCCGACCAUAGCGACGACAGGCGCCGCUUGCCGCCGUCGCUGAUACCUGUACUAGUGUGGUUUGACCCUAACAUGACACUUUUCGGUAAUUGCUUGUGAUCUUGAAUGGGGACGAUAAAAAUAAUUGCAUUGCUCAAGAUACCGGACCUAUAUUUAGAGAAAAUAUGAGUAUAAAUUGCAAAUUUUCGUCAAUAGAGCACAAGCAUUUUACUUGAAACAAACCAUUCCUCUGUGUAACAUACUUGUAAGUUAGCUAAUGUUAAACUAAAUUAUCGAUUCGGCGUUACUUAUAUUUAAGAUAAGGAACAAUUUAUUGUAAUUGUAAAUUACUAACGCAAAUUGACACGUUUUGUAUAGUAUAACUGUAAAUAAUAGUCAGAGUUUUACAAUAAAGUUGAUCUAAGUAGGCGGAGACUAUGAUACGAAGACUAUGUAUGUAAAACAUAAAACUUUAUGUAUACAUAAAUGG